UUUCUGCAUCUAAUAGUUGGAAGGAAAUUAAGAGACAUUAAGGGGAAAAUGGGGAGAGGAAGAGUGGAACUAAAGAGGAUAGAGAACAAGAUCAACAGACAAGUGACUUUCUCCAAAAGAAGGAAUGGUUUGCUCAAGAAAGCUUACGAGCUUUCUGUGCUCUGCGAUGCUGAAGUCGCUCUCAUCAUCUUCUCCAGCCGCGGCAAGCUUUAUGAGUUUGGCAGCACUGGUAUAGCCAAAACCCUGGAGCGAUACCAGCGAUGCUCCAGCUUCAAUCCUCAAGAAAACAGCCUUGAACGUGAGACACAGAGCUGGUAUCAGGAGGUAGCAAAGUUGAAGGCAAAAUACGAAUCUUUACAACGAACCCAAAGGCAUUUGCUUGGGGAAGAUCUUGGACCACUGAAUAUUAAAGAGCUGCAAAAUCUUGAGAAGCAGCUUGAAGGAGCUCUUGCACUUGCCAGGCAAAGGAAGACUCAGAUUAUGAUUGAACAAAUGGAAGACCUGCGCAAAAGGGAGCGUCAGCUGGGAGACCUUAACAAGCAGCUCAAGAUUAAGCUGGAGGCAGAAGGACAAAGUUUUAAAGCCAUGCAAGGAUUGUGGAGUUCUGGUGCAGCAGCUGGUCCUAGCACUUCCCACUUUGCACUUCACCCUUCUCAAUCCAACCCUAUGAACUGUGAUCCUGAACCUGUUUUACAGAUAGGGUACCAGCAGUAUGUUGGAAGUGAUGAGGGGCCUUCUGUUCCGAAGAGCAUGGCUUGUGAGACCAACUUCAUCCAGGGAUGGCUCCUUUGAUUUAAUUUCAACUAGUUUAUUUUAUAAAUUAAUUAAUAAAAAAUUAAAUCACAAUUAUGAUGAUCAGUAUAUACAACUAGACUUACUGCUUAUGUUGAUUAGUCAAUUAAUACCUGAUUUUGUUGGGAUUGAUUUCUCUCAUAUUUAAUUCUACUUGACUCGCAGUUUAU